AUGCCUCAAAAUGAGGAAUGCCGCCCCAAAGCACCCAGCCCGUUGUGCGCGGAGCGCUCCGCGCCGCGGAGCCUCUCCCGGGCUGCUGUGGGUCAGCGAACGCUGCGGAGCAGGGCGCGGGGGGGGGGGGGGGCGGCGGGCGUCCAACGCGCCUAUGCGCCCGGCCCCUCCCUGCGCCUGUGCGCCCGGCCCCUCCCUGCGCCCGGCCCCUCCCUGCGCCUGUGCGCCCGGCCCCUCCCUGCGCCCGGCCCCUCCCUGCGCCUCUGCGCCCGGCCCCUCCCUGCGCCCGGCCCUCCCGCCCGCCGGGGGGCGCGCUCCCGCGCGGGCGCACGUGGCGGGCCGCGGCGGCGUGCUGCGCGUGCGCCCUGUGCCGCCUCCCGGCGCCCUCCCGCGGCGCCUGCGCGCAGGAAGGGGCGGCGCGCGCAGGCGCGGGGCGCGGGCUGGCGGCGGCGGCGGAGGGGAAUUAAAAUGGAAGAUGAGGAGGUCGCCGAGAGCUGGGAGGAGGCGGCCGACAGCGGGGAAAUAGACAGACGGUUGGAAAAGAAGCUGAAGAUCACACAGAAGGAAAGCAGAAAGUCCAAAUCUCCUCCCAAAGUGCCCAUCGUGAUCCAGGACGAGAGCCUCCCCGCAGGGCCUCCCCCGCAGAUCCGCAUCCUGAAGAGGCCAACCACCAACGGGGUGCUCAGCACCCCCAGCUCCGCCAGCAGGCCGGCCCUGCCCGUCAAGUCCCUGGCGCAGCGCGAGGCCGAGUACGCCGAGGCCAGGAAGCGCAUCCUGGGCAGCGCCAGCCCUGAGGAGGAGCAGGAGAAGCCCAUCCUGGACAGGCCGCCGAGGAUCUCGCAGCCGGAGGACAGCCGACAGCCCAACAAUGUGAUCAGACAGCCGCUGGGUCCCGAUGGCUCGCAGGGCUUCAAGCAGCGCAGAUAAACGCCGGCAGGAGGCGCCGGGCCCGGCCGGGACGGACAGACGGACUCGAGCAAAGGGAACUCCCUGGUUUAUUUGCACUGUGAUUCCCCCCUUUGCUCUGCCCACUGUGACCUUCAACCCCCACGCACUGUGACCUCCCCUCUCCACACCCACUGUGAGCGGCAAACCGAGAAGGGCUCGGUCCCCCCUCCGGAACAGAACAACAGAACGGAGCAAAAGGAGGAGGGAAGGGGACAAAGGAGGUCGGGAGGGGGGUGGGAAGGACUCGGGGUGGGUGCAGGGAGAGAGCCCUGUGAGUGCCACCGGGGUCGAAGGCGGCGCCAGCAAUAAUGGUUGUGCUCCAAGCCUGGCAUUUGAAGGCAAAGACAAAGCAAAGCAAAGAAGCCAAGGGGGAGGCUCUCCCCGGCUGCCCGCGGUGCUCUCGUCGCCUCCGGAGCAACUCCGCUUUCCAAGGAGCUCUUUUUAGUUCUUUUUGAGUCUUUCUUUUGGGGUUUGUUUUCCCUUCUUCUGUGGAGCAGCUCCACAAGAGUGCAUGGGAAAAGGUUGGGGGUUUUUUUAAAGCCUUGGGUUGAACU